CAGCAAACCAGAACCCAGCACCUGAAGUUCCUAGUACCAAAAAACUCAAACUCACCGGGACGAUGGGUGCCACCGGGAAAUCCCGGGGUGCUUCCGCCGCCGCUGGUGGUGGGGGAGCGACCGCAACGGCGGGAGCGAGCGAGAGGGACGAGUUCGAUGUCGUCAAGGCCUAUCUCCUGGCGUGUCCCCACGUCGAGUCCCCCAUGGAUAGCCCCGCCAUCAAGGCCGCCAUCGAGGGCAUCGAGAAGGAACAGCGACGCCGGAUCCGCGACGCCAAGCUCCGCUCCAGGUUCGUCGCGGGCACGAGGGCCGGUGUUCCGUGCGAUCUCGCGGUCGGGGAAGAAAUCGUCGUCGUCGAGAAGGACGACCUCGACGGGGCAGCGAUGGCGUCCCGCGAUCCCGUGGCGGCGGUUUGUAUCGCCGGAGCCAGCAGCAACGACGACGACACGGAAUGGCAGGACGUUGCGACACAGCAAAAGGGAGGAUCCAUCGGUGGCUGUGGCGGAGAAGACGGCAACGACGACGACGACGACGACGGCAUGGAAUCCUCGGGGAUCGCCAUCGACGGAUCCUUUGGCACGGAAGACGAACCGGACGGGGGCAACGCCAAGGCCGACAGCUACCUGGGAAGGACGCUGGCCAGGGCGUGCAUCGAGGCCAUUGCGGAGCAGCAAACGCGGGCCCCCGUGGUGGUGUCGACCCCCCUGGCCGCCGUCGCGGUGGCCCUCCACGCCGCCCUCCGCUCGGAGGUCCUCGGCUUUGCCUGCACGGGCGUCCCGGAAGACCACGCCAGGAAGGGCGGGGGCAUCGGGUUCGCCCCUCCCGUCCGCGAGCUUUCCCGGACCGAGUUUUUGCCGAAGGAAUGGGACAGCCGGUCCACAACAAACGGAAAGAACACCAGCAACAAGCACGCCCCGCUGCCCCUCCGGUAUCGAAAAGCGGACACCGGUGCCGUGGUCCUGAACGUCGAAGGCAUUCCCUCCAGCGGCGAUGUCGUCGGAGCGACCGAGUGGGCGAGAACCGAGUGCCGGAUCACCUUUGCCCCCUCCGGUGGCAGGGGCGAUUCGACCCAUCUCGGCCUGGGGUUUCCCCUCACCGACCACGUCAACCUGGACUCCUGGAACGCGGCCAUGCUCAAGGCGGGCUCGGGCUCGAAGAUUGCUCCCUCCCUGCACUACAAGAACUUGUCCGGGCUCCUGACCAGGUUUUGCCGGGCCUUUGAUUUCGGUGCGGUGGCCGGCCCGGAGCCUGCAGGGGACCGCGGUGCGACCGGAACCAGCACGGGUGGGGCCCGCCCUACCCACACAGGAACCAGCACCGAUCGCAAAGCGGCGAAGGCCCCGGACGCGAUUUUGGAGCUCAAUCCCGCCGGGUCGAAACCCGAGAUCGCCGCCACGGAGCCGAGAGGCGGGAGGUUUGCGGUUCCGUCGACCCUCGGCGAGGCCUUUCCCGCUGCCGCGUCUGCUUCCGGAAGGAACCGCGUCCCGGUCCCGGGAAUGGACGUUCCCCCCCGCCUCGGGGACUUCUCCGGCGACCUCCUCCCCCCCGGGUGGCAAGACCCGCGGCACGCGAGACCGGGCGGCGUCGGCGGCAACCUCAUGGGACCUAACCAUCCCUUGUUUGCGGGGGAUGGGGGCAUCGGGCCGGUGGGGGGACCGGGAUUUGGCGCGGGCGGCCCCGGAACGAUGCAGCCCCGGUACGAUCCCGUCCUCCCCCCGGGCAUCGGGGGGGUUCCACACCCCGGCCGAGGCUUUCGCCCGGGCAGUGACCGGAGAGCUCGGAUGCCGGGCGAACCGAAUCCGGACCACCUCCCGCCGCCAAACUCCCUGGGCGACGACAUGUUCAUGUAACGCUGCGCCCCGAUUCUGCGGCCCGUACAACUUGCGUUUUUGUUUCAAAACGUCCCUCACAUGAAAGAAGCAUAACACACGAGCACGGAUCAUUCCAAUUGCAUUUAGCUCAGCUGAUCUACACAGAAA